AUGUCUGUGCAGUGCACCGCAAACUCACUCCGGGCUCUUGCUGCCCUCCCGGCGCCAUCCCCCUCCCGCCGCCUGGCGAGAAAUGAAUUCCUUAUGCCAUGCCGCCCGAGUCGCACCGGUGCGCUGGUCCGAGCUGCGGAUUCUUCGCCUCCUGCCGCACCCGCGUCAUCGUCCGGAGCAGCCGACGACAAGGCCGUCAUCCCCGACGAUGAGUUCACCCUCGCCAAGGUGUCUUUUGGCGUGAUUGGACUAGGGAUAGGUGGCUCCCUCUUGUCGUAUGGAUUUGGGGCGUAUUUCAAUCUUCUCCCUGGUUCGGAGUGGUCUGCUCUGAUGCUAACCUACGGAUUUCCUCUCACAAUCAUAGGCAUGGCCUUAAAGUAUGCUGAACUGAAACCAGUGCCCUGCAUAACCUACUCUGAUGCUUUCGCUCUAAGAGAGAAGUGUGCUACCCCUAUCCUCAAGCAGGUCAGGAGUGAUGUUACACGUUAUAGAUAUGGUGAUGAGCAGCAUCUCGAUGAAGCGCUAAAGCGGAUCUUUCAAUAUGGUUUGGGUGGCGGCAUUCCAAGACGUAGUGCACCUAUAUUACAAAAGAUUCAAGAAGUAACUGAUGAUGGGAAAUACUGUUUAGUACUGGAAUUCGAAGCCAAAUCGUUGGAGCUAUCAGAUUUUGAGAAGAGGCAGGCAAAAUUCACCUCCUUUUUCGGUCCUGGAAUUAAGGCUGAAAUUGGAAAAGGUGGUGACGACCUAUAUGAAGUGCGUCUUAUCUCGGAGACCACAGAGGAAGAGUGA